AUGCGUAUUCGCCUACAGCCUCGCAGGAGACCACAAGGUAAGCGACCCCCAGGAACGCUGCAUGUUGCCUUGUUGUCUUUGCCCACUCACCAUCUUCUUUUCAGCAAAGAGCUAGCUCAAAGUCUAGACAACCUUCCUAUCGCUGCCGCCGACGACGCCGCCGCCGCUGCUAAGAACGCCUCCAUGGAGAACCGCUGGUGUCAACUGCGAGACACGGUCCAGUCGACGGCGCUCACCGUCCUCGGUAGCGCUUCCCGCCAACACCACGACUGGUUCGAUGACAACGACGCCGCCAUCAGAAAUCUGCUAGCUGAGAAGAACCGCCUACACAAAGCCUACGUAGAUCACCCCACUGAGGACAACAAAGCUGCCUUCUACCGCAGUCGCCGCCAACUUCAGCAACGACUGCGCGAGAUCCAGGACGCCUGGACUGCUCGCAAAGCUGAGGAGAUCCAAGGCUACGCGGACCGCAACGAAUGGAAGAACUUCUUCUCCGCGAUCAAAGCUGUUUACGGUCCGCCGACGAACGGCAUUGUUCCUCUCCUCAGCGCCGACGGCAGUACUCUUUUGAAUGAGACGACGCAAAUCCUACAGCGAUGGGCCGAGCAUUUCCAAGACGUCCUCAACCGUCGCUCCGUCAUCGAGCGUUUGCCGCAAGUGGAGACCAACGUGGACCUCGACCUCCCGCCAUCUCUCCAGGAGACCAUCAGGGCCGUGCAGCAGCUCUCCAGCGGGAAAGCACCCGGAUCGGACGUGAUCCCUGCUGAGGUCUACAAGCACGGAGGUCCCCGACUGAUGGAUCACCUGACUGUGCUCUGCCAGGCGAUGUGGCGUCAAGGUUUAGUCCCGCAAGAUCUCAAAGACGCAACCAUCGUGAAUCUCUAUAAGCGAAAAGGGAAUCGCCAAGUCUGCGACAAUCACCGCGGCAUCUGCCUACUGAACAUCGCCGGGAAGAUCUUCGUCCGCAUCCUGCUCAACCGCCUCAAUAACCAUCUAGAAAAGGGCCUUCUGCCGGAAAGCCAAUGCGGCUUUCGUCGUCAUCGUGUGACCACGGAUAUGAUCUUCGCCGCCCGUCAACUUCAGGAGAAGUGUCAGGAGAUGCGGACCAACCUGAACUCUACCUUCGUGGAUCUGACGAAAGCCUUCGUCACGGUGAAUCGUAAAGGGCUGUGGAAGAUAAUGCAGAAAUUCGGCUGUCCGGAGCGAUUCACUCAGAUGGUGCGUCAGCUACACGACGGUAUGAUGGCGCGAGUCACGGACAACGGAGCUGUCUCAGAGGUAUUCGCAGUGACCAAUGGAGUGAAGCAAGGCUGCGUACUGGCGCCUAGCCUCUUCAGUCUUAUGUUCUCUGCCAUGCUGAUGGACGCCUACCGCGACGAACGUCCCGAAAUCCGCAUCGCCUACAGGACAAUUAGUCACCUGCUGAAUAGAAGAGAAUAG